CUGGAGAAACUCAGCGGAUGAGGCAGCGUCUGCGCAGUCUCUUGUGUUUGGAUUAGCGGGGCGGAACUGUUGCUGCAAUCGACGCUGUAGUUGGAGGUUAUCAGCAGCCAAUGAUGCACCCGCCUCUUUGCAGGCGCUGGGGACGGUAUUUAUCAGAAAUGGCGCUGAUGGGCUCGAUGUUGUGUCUUCGCUCGGUUUUCACCAGGAAAGCGGCAGCGGCUUCUGUGCUUCCAGCUGCCAGAGCUUUCUGUGUUGUUAGCAGCUGCAAAUACCGCUCCGUUCACGGGUUCCCGGGCCGCGGGCGGUCGCAGGACACGGGGGGUCGCCGGCUGCUAGGCAGCGGUUUUGCAGCACAGAUUAACCUUCCAUGCCGUCACCAUUUUCGCUAUUUUUGUUCCGAUGGAAAAACCAGGGAAGAACGAUUGAUUUACGCCGGAAACUUAGCUAAGGCAGUAUUUGGUGUGAAGUUCUUCUCUUACUCCACCAGUAUUUUUAGUUGUUGCAUGAUGCCUUAUAUCAUUCUGCAGACUGGCCUUGGAGUUCAGAGCCCUUUAUUACAAGCAGCAUUCUGUGGCAUAAUUGGAUUUUUUACUUUUUUAAGUCCUACAGUAUUGCAUUUCCUCACUAAAGGUUAUGUGAUUCGUCUAUAUCACAGUGCGGAAACUGACAGUUACACAGCCAUCACUUACAACAUCCUCCUACUACAGAAGAAAACUAUUUUCCAUCAGAAGGAUGUGAAAGUUCCUGGAGUCAGCAGGAUGUUCACCACGUUCUAUGCAAAUGAGAAGUCAAUGCUAGUAAAUCCAGUACUUUUCUGGCAUCCAAAUGAUUAUAAUCACCUUAUGGGUUACGAUCAACCUUUUUCCUUUAAUUUGGAUGAUAUAAAGGAAAGAGAUUGAGCAAGGGGGCUACAUGUACAGUUUGUUAAAUAUAGUAAAAUUGUUUUUUUCAAUCAAUUGUAGGUAGCUAAAUGUUCCAUUUAAUUUUAUACACAUUUAAAUGUAAGAAACUUGCUGUAUAUAAUUAAAAGAAAAAUAAUGCAGAUGUUUUGAAAUCUGAAGUGUAAUUCAAAAAGCAAAAUACGUGAUAAGUCCAGCAGCAUUGAUAAAUUUAGAUUUAUGGAGCUUCAUCAGAAUCCAUGCCUAGGGCAGUUGCACAUGGUGGCGCAGCGGUAGAACUGCUGCCUUACACCACCAGAGAUCCGGGUUCGAUCCUGACUACAGGUGCUUGUCUGUACGGAGUGUGUACGUUCUCCCUGUGACCUACGUGGGUUUACUCCGGGAUCCUCUGUAGGCUAAUUGGCUUGGUAUAAAUGUAAAUUGUCCCUAGUGUGUAGGAUUGUGUUAGUGUGCGGGGCUCACUCGUCCACGCCGAUUUGGUGCGCUGAAGGGCCUGUUUCCGCGCUGUAUCACUAAACUAGACAGUUCUGGUGUCUGACCUGCUGAGCAUUUCAAAUGUUUUCCGUUUUUGCUUUGGUUCUGCUUUCUGUUUUUGCUUUAGAAACAUAGAAAAUAGGUGCAGGAAUAGGCCAUUCGGCCCUUCGAGCCUGCACCGCCAUUCAAUAUGAUCAUGGCUGAUCAUCCAAAUCAAUAUCCCAUACCUGCCUUCACUCCAUACCCCCUGAUACCUUUAGCCACAAGGGCCACAUCUAG